UACCAAGUCUCCAUAAAUCUAGAUUGCCAAAUUCAAAAUGAAAUCCGCAAGAUGAGCAAUUCAAAUAUCGUUUUAUUUCAAAGGACUAUGGUCAGUUUAUGGGUAGUCAGACCUCCAAGUACGUCCAGUAAAUACACAUACCUUUCAAAAUGGAAAAUCACACACAAUAAGACAAUAGUUAUUACAGCCCAAAGAAACAAGCAACCAAUAAAUAAAAACAAGGCAAAGAGGCUUUUUCUAGUUUUCGACGUAUAAUUCAACAAAUGAAGUCACUAAGGUCUACAAAAAAGAGAAGUACUCGCUUCGUUUUCAC